AUCACCACAUAUACGCCUAUAACCUUGAAUGCUACAAACGUGACUUGAUAUCAUUAGACAUACUGUAAUGAGUCACGUAGAAAAAUCCCUGAACUCUUUUGCUGUCAGAUCGUACAACUCAUCAGUUAGUUGAAUUGGACAAAUCAGGCAUUCUGCGCGCUUAGUGUCUUCCAAAAUGCUGUUCCUCCUUAAAGACCGUGUUAUAGCCCACUACAUGAAUCACGGCGCCGCGGCUUCAAUUGUCUCAAAAUUCACUCGAGCACUUCUCUGCGCAUCUUAACAUGUUUGUGUUACAAUGUGUGUAUGUUGCAAAGAUCUUUUCUUUCCUUUUGUUGGCGGUUCAUAUUUGAUGGUUUCCGCCCCCAUUCAUCUCCAGUUCAAUCCUGCUUGUGGUUGGGGGAGAGGGGCGGGUUUCCUCGCUACCGCUUUUCCCCGAUUUACUAGGCUGUGUUAGUGAUCCGCCGCUAGCAGUACAGCAGAGUCCGUGUAGUUUUCUGCUAAAACUGUACUGACCGGACCCGCUGCAGAAGCUGUCCCACUGUCUUCAUCUGCAUAGGACUAACAUGGUCGGAAUCCCUGGCUCCUUCCAAUACAGUGGAGAGAAGAAGCCCCCUGCCAUGCCCGGCUCCCCUGUGGAGGUCAAGAUUCACUCUAGGUCCGCUCCCUCUGCCAUGCCACCCCUGCCACCGGUCAACCCCAGCGGGCCCCGGCCAGCCUCCUUCUCCUCCACCACACUGACCAAUGGGAUCAGCCACUCUCCGCCCACUCUGAACGGCGUGCCCUCCCCGCCUCAGCGCUUCAGCAACGGGCCCUCGUCCUCCUCUUCCUCCUCUCUGGCCAAUCAGCAGCUCCCAGCCACGUGUGGAGCCCGGCAGCUCAGCAAGCUGAAACGCUUCUUGACCACGCUGCAGCAGUUUGGUAACGACAUCUCCCCCGAAAUCGGAGAAAGUGUCCGCAGCCUGGUGCUUGCUCUGGUGAAUUCCACGGUCACAAUUGAAGAAUUCCACUCCAGGCUCCAAGAGGCGACAAACUUCCCCCUGCGGCCGUUCGUGAUUCCUUUUUUAAAGGCUAACCUGCCCUUGCUGCAGAGGGAGCUCUUGCAUUGCGCUCGUGCCGCCAAGCAGACGCCAGCCCAGUACCUCUCCCAGCACGAGCACCUCCUGCUGAGCACAACCCUGGCGUCGCCGCCCGACUCCUCCGAGCUGCUGCUGGAGACCAGCGAGAGCGGCAAGAGGCACAGCCCUGACAGGGGCAAGGAGAACGGCUUUCAUGAGCGAGCCCCCGCCCCCCUGGAGCCUCCAGCCAAACGCAUCUGCACAAUCAGCCCCGCCCCUCGCCACAGCCCCUCCCUGCCGCUGCCCCUCCCUCUCAACGGACAGCUGCACCCCACCCCUCCGCCCCUGCAACACUAUGCUCUGGAGGACAUUGCCGUGCCACAUCUAUACCGGGAGCCACAGCGCCUCCUGGAGCUCAGGGACCUGAAGGACAGGCCCCGCCACCUGGGCGCCAAUGGGGGCUACCGUGAGGAGCCAGUGGACCACAGGCUAACGGACAGAGAGUGGGCAGACGAGUGGCGGCACUUGGAUCAUGUGCUGAACUGCAUCGUUGACAUGGUGGAGAAGACGCGGCGCUCCAUCUCAGUGCUGCGCCGCUGCCAGGAGUCUGACCGUGAGGAGCUGAACUACUGGAGGAGGCGCUCCAGCGAGCAUGAGGAGGCCAGGAAGAGUGGGCAGCCCUUCUCCAAAGCUCACAGCCCCCGUGCUGGGGAGGGCCUAAACAGCGCAGAACCUCAGCGUGACUUCACAUCCCGACCAGGUUACGUAGCGGAUGAGAUCUGGCGAAAGGCUGAGGAGGCAGUUAAUGAGGUGAAGCGGCAGGCGAUGGAUGAGGUGCAGAAGGCAGUGGCGGAGGCCGAGCAGAAGGCCUUCGAGAUGAUCACAGCAGAGCGAGCCAAGAUGGAGAAGACACUUGCUGAUGCCAAGCGACAGGCCACUGAAGACGUCAUCCAGGUCGUCAAUAAGCAGGAAGACUCAAGUGAGAGCUGCUGGAACUGCGGGCGCAAGGCCAGCGAGACCUGCAGUGGGUGCAACGCUGCCCGCUACUGCGGCUCCUUCUGCCAACACAAAGACUGGGAGAGGCACCACCUGAUCUGCAGCCCCGGACUUCAGGCACAGCCCAAACCCCUCUCUGCUGCAGCCACCAGGGGCGCUGGCAAAACCGCGGAGGGCGCCGGCGUGCCCAGCCCUGCCCCCGAGAAGGUGUCGAGCAUCACUUCAAGGUCAUCGACACCGGCCUCCAUUUCUGGCGGAGAAACCAACGGACACUAAAGCCAUCUGAGGACGGCAUUCUGCUAAGCCAUUAACAACGGGAUGUCCGUUAAAAACUCCAGAGAGGACGGCCUGUUCAGCUUCCGCGUUUUCCGUCCUCUUUGAUAAAAGACAUCUUUCUGAAUUUGCUCGGGUGUGAUUCACAACAUAUCUCACUUUGGACUGAAAAAAUAUUCCUAAGGUAUAUAGGUAUACAUUUUUUUAAGGGUUUCAGGAAAUGGAAGGAAACAAAGCAGGCACUGGUCUGUCUUGGCCCAAGCUUUGGUAUUAUUGUCUUUAAGACAAAAUGGACAAUCUUGGAUGGACCUUUGGCAUGUGUUUGCUCUAGGUGUGAUCUGGAUCCUAAAUAACCGGUGGACUUAAAAAGGCACCAUAAGAGAUACAGGAUUUCCUUAUUUAAUCAUGGUUUCUUUUUUCUCCUUUGUUUUUAAUACAAUUUUCUGAUAUUUAUUACUGUAAUUUGAAUUGGAUUUUGGUCAUAUCCUAGCUCACAGUGCUGAGAAUGCAAUCAAUUCAUUCAAAAGCAUAUGUAUUGUAUACCCAGAGAAGGAAAAUAAGCUUGGUGGGUGGUCUGAUGAUUUAGAAACCUUAGAAGAAUUAACUUCAAUAGAUCAUAUCUUCUCAUUUUCCAGUCCCAGCUUGAAAAUGGUCUUUUUGAACACCAGUUCUGGUACUUGUUGGACAUAGUGGCAAAACUGUAUAUUAAUAUUUGUUCUUGAUUCAUUUCCUGUUUGGAUUUUGCUUUCAGGGCCUUCAGGAUUGAGGUUUCAAUUCUUAAUAUCUGUGCUUGUGUGACCCUUUUACUGAGCAAUAUAAAAUGGCAGAUCUGGGUGCAUCUGAUGAUUUGUAAAUGCCAAAGGUUUUUGUUGAUUAACACAUUUGAGUGUGUUUCUCCCUGCAGUGCAGGGGAGCUCAACAUCAGUCUUGGAGGGCUACAAUCCAGAAGUUGUUUUUUCUUAAGUCGGCAGCACCUGAAGAACUGGUAAAGGCUAACAAACUUCCCCAGUUAGGUCAAUAUUUAGUUGCAUUGGCUCAUGAGUUGCAAUACAAGUUUCAAGUUCAAGUUCACAUUUAUUUGUUAUUACAGCCAUAUACAAGUAUACAGUGGGACGAAAUAUUGUUCCUCCUGGUCCAUGGUGCAAAUACAGGCAGGACAGACAGGACACUGACAUAAACAUUGUAGACAGGAUACACAAAGUGCAAAUUACAAAGUAAAUACAUAAUACAAUACACACAACACACUGGGGGGAUUUAAACCCUGUUUCUGGACAGUUUGCUGACACUGUGGCCCCCCAAGUCUGGAGUCGCGCACUCCUGGUCUACAAAUUGUUACAUGAAACAGUUUAAAUUCAAACUUUAAGAUAACAAAACUUUCCAAAUCUGAGAACUCCAGAGCAUUCUCCACACAGCAAGUGGGAGCACAGAAAAGCACAUCCCAUUCUGUAUCUAGACCCCUACAUGUUGGCUGUCCUGCCUUGCAUGUCUUUGGAAGCUUUGAGCUGAAGUAAUGUUUCACAACGGUUACAAUAAACCUCAUAGUUACGUUUCUGAAAAGAUAAAAAACAAAGAUAUGAAUGACUGAAAAACUAAAAAGUCUGGAAAAAUGUCUUGCCAGCAUGGUUAGAGGACAAUUUCUUUGUUAAAGCUUUAAAGGAGGAAUGCAGAACUCCAGUCCUGGAGACUAGCUGGCAUCUGCCUGUUUUUUUUUAUCCAAUCUCUGUUCUGGAGGACCUAACUGACCUAAUUACCAGCUUAAUUGGACCAAUUUAACACUUUUCAAAGGUCAGUGAUUCAUAGAAACAUAAAAUAAAAAAACCUGCUGGUUAUUGGUCCUCAAGGCCUGAAGUUGUACACUUAUGGCCUAAAGCUAGAAACUUGUUGAUUUUCUUUCACUUUAUUUUCUAUGUUUCGAAGUUCUAUUAAAACCUCAGGAUUAUAUUGUACAUUGUUCUUUAUAUGUUUGUCAUCAUCAAAUAAAAUAUAUAAAAAGGGAGACUCCUUUGCUUUUUUAUAAACCUAGGAUAAGAACCAUAUUAUGUGUUUAUUGUAUUUAUCAAAGCUUGUCCCAUUAACUUGUCUCUCUCUGUCCUGGUUUUCAUUCCCACAAAGCUCAGGCCUAGGCCUCCCUCAAGUAGGCCUAGGCCUACUUGAACCCUUAAAUGGUGUAUUUUCUAAAUUACAUCUAACAAUUGUCUUCUCUCCUUGGUUUCAGGAAUAACCACUUUAAGGUGCUGCUAAGUCAAUAUGUUCUCAUUUUAUUCAAUAAACUGCUGUUUUCCUGCA